GGAUAUUUGGCUGUUACUGGAAACUUGCCUCAUUAUUGCCAAUCGAAGAAUCACGGUGGCUCUAUUGCUUGGUCUCCGUGACCACUGUUAUCGGCAACCCAAUUUUGGCUGCAUCGUUGCUUGUAGGAUAAUCAUGAUUCCAAAGCCCCUUUGUGGCACUGGCUCUCUGCUGCUUUUGCUGCUGUUGCUGGCAUCAGGAUGUUCUUGUGGCCGCGCCUCUGUCCAAACCAACACUGCGAAUCUUCAAAUGAGUCCGGACAUGACCCGACGACUGACCCGUAAAAGCAGAAAAAAAGAGAGCAAAUUCACAUGUCCUGAUUCCUUGGGUCUACCUUUGGGCGAUAUCAAUUUAUUGGUCGUCACGGACAUUCACGGCUGGAUUGCUGGCCAACAUGCCCGCCACGAACCCGAGAUGAAUUUGGAUUUUGGUGCCUUGGUAUCCUUGUACGAACGAUUACAGGAGUGUGCUCCAGAGGAAGACUUCUUUCUGUUUUUUAAUGGGGACUUUAUGGAUGGUACUGGCUUGUCGGCUGUACCACCCGAGCACUUGGCGCCGCUAUUGGCAGAAAUGCCUUUUUCGGCGGUGAAUGUCGGCAAUCAUGAGCUCUACUUUACUGAGGUGGUCGACUACAUGAUGGAAAAGAAUGGAUUCGUUGACCAUUGGAAAGGAAACUAUUUGGCAUCCAAUGUGGAUUAUAUUGUCCCUCACCAAAAAAAGAAAAAUAAGAAAGGUGACAUCAAGACGGUACCUCUGGGUAAUCGCUAUACCUUUCUGCAUGGAGCCAACCGAAAUUCCACCAUCUUGACCCUUGGAUUUCUGUACAACUUUCUGAACAACUGCAACAACACCCAGGUUCAAUUCGUGGAGGAAACCUUGCAGGAAGAUUGGUUCCACCAAGUAUUGACACAAUCCACAUUCGACGCCGUCAUUGUCAUGGCGCACAUGGAUGCCGUGGAUUCUCUGGUGUACACCAUCUUGAGUGCUAUUCGUGCUCUGGUAGGUCCCGACAUGCCCAUUCAUUUCCUCACGGGGCACACCCAUCGACGGCAUUAUGAGGUUUUGGAUCCACUGGCUGUUUCCUUGGAAGCAGGACGGUAUAUGGAUACAAUUGGAUUUGCCAGCUUGCCUAUGAAACAAACACAAAAAUCAAAUGCAAUCGAUGCAAACUUAUACCAAUACCGCAUGCUCAAUACGAAUUUGGAAGAACUGGCGACAACGGUUCUAAAGAGCAAUGCAGACUUUUCAACACACCGUGGGCGGGCUUUGACAAAGGAAAUGCAGCAUUUGCAAGAGAAGCUGGGCCUCCUGGAUGUAGUUACACAUUGUGCUCCUCAGGACUAUCAUCUCGAAAAGGCACCGGACGAUGAGACUUCCUUGUGGUGGUUGUACACGCAACAAGUUGUUCCAAAGACACUGUUGCGGAUGGUGCAGAAGGAGGAUGGUAUCACUCCCAUUUUCAUGCAAGGCACGGGAGCUUUGAGGUAUUCUUUGUUUGCCCCUGUGGUUGUAGUGGAUGACAUUGUGGCCGUAUCCCCAUUCGACAAUCCUGUGUGGCAAAUUGGCUGCAGUUUGACGGCGCAACAAUUGAACCAAGUAUUUGUGGUUUUGCAAGUGGAUGAGCCAAGUGGAUACUGGGAUCUUUUGAACUUCGGUGUAGCGGGUGAUCGCCCUGAUCCGACCAGUGUAGACAGCACAAAGAGAUUUGACCUUUAUACGACAGAGUUUGAAAUUGGCAGGGUGAUGGGGGGAGUUCAGUCGGCGCUCGAGGCGACCGGCGAGACGGAUGUGGAUGGUUGCUUUGAGGGCAACAGGCCAGUGUAUCCAGCAAGUGGUAGUCGAAUGCCGUAUCUGAUACAUCACAAGAGGCACAACGGGGAACCAUUAGACACUGCGGACUUUUGGUUUGAGUUCAUUGCACACGAGUGGCGGUGUCCUGCAAACUCCCCCACUGACAAGGCAGAAAAACAUGGAGAAACUAAGCAAUGGCUAAUGGCGGUGUCCAGUCCAAGCGGAAAAGAACCCAUUUCCUUUGAGAUUGCUACAAUGGCCGCCGCAUUUUUGGUGAUAUUGUACGCUUUCGCUUCAGUGCGAAAACAAAAUGUCAUGUCACGACGGUCAGGUGAUGGAACUGUACAGCUUGUGGAUACUCGCAGGACGUCUCGCGGUCGUGGAGAAGCUACUCCUUUGCUUGAACUUCAAGCAGACGACAAAGAUUCAACAAGUUACAGCUUGUAGCCAGCUAGGCACAUGAUGUUGGCCUAAUGUAAUCAUAUUUUUGAGUUCAUUUCUAAUGCUCCGUAGAGCCAUACAUGUAGUCAGCCACUACCUUCCCGGAUCCUCUGUUGUCAAGACCAUCUUGGCUGGUGGCGCGUGU